GCUUGGUAUGAAGAGCAACCAGCGGAGUGAAAGUCUGAAUUCCUGCCUUCACCUGCACCUUGAUGGAGAAAUGACUUUGGUGGACAUGAUAUUGCACUAUGAGAAUUGCAUUACCCGCAUCCGUGAGAACGAGGCGCAUGAUGACUGCACGGCCUCACAGACAUUACCUGUGCCCGUAACAAGCUGCAGGGAUCUGGAGGUAUUUGCUACCCACGUGUUUACGCCGGCAAACUUCUAUAUAUUGCAGCUAGAUUUGAGGUCAGUUGGCGGCAUAGUGACUUUGGAAAGAAAGCUGGGAUGUGGGUCUGAAACUUUUGUCGUGGCAUGGCAUAAUAAACCAAAGAGGCAGUUCACCGUGGAAUAUACACCGGGAAAUCCUAAAGAAACUAUAAAGUGCAGCUGCAGGAGAAUGAUUCGAAAAGGACUCCCUUGCAAACAUAUAUUCCAUGUUCUAUGUGUUCUGCAAAUAUCUGAAAUUCCAAAGUGUUGUGUUCUUCGUCGGUUAUCAAAAGACGCAAGAAAUGGACUGCCUGCUAGGCGAACGAGUGAUAUGUUUGGAGUAGGUUGGUCAGGUACAGCGGAUAGAAUUGAAUAUAGCAAGGUCAGUGUGUUAUCCUCGCAAGCUAUGCAUGCAGCAUGCAAACACCCAACACUUUGGGCUCAGUUACAGGACAGUUUAAAGGACGUGAUAGCAAAGGCGAUUGAGUACGACAAGGAGGGUACGGUGGGUGCUGUUCCGAUUUGUCUAAGCUCAUUAGCAGUUGAACAUGUGGAGGACCGAGAAGGAAACAUGGUUAAGGUCCAGGAUCCUAUUAAAGUAUCGAGCAAAGGUACACAUAAUUCAGAUGAUGACAACCGUCCCAAGUCUAAAAAUGGAAGACCUCUAUCGUACGACGAGCACAAAAUUAAGUGCGGGGCUUGCAAAGAGCCAGGUCACAACCGGCGCAGCAAGAAAUGCAAACUUAACAACAAGUAGUACAAGAACUGUUACCAUUAUAUAUGUACUGGCGGCAUCAGCAGUGGACUCAUGCAUCAUCUUAUGUUGAAUGGCAACUCUUAUAGCUUGUACACGAAGAUUUUUCCAUGUUAAGUUGCAUUUAAUAGUGGCC